GCUGAGUCCGAGAUUCGCGGAGUAUUUGGUAAACGACUUUUUGUCCGCGCGGACCAGUGCCUACACAAAUGAGCAACGCGCCUGCUUACUAUGGACGAUUCUUGUGAAUGAUGCGCACAGGGGUUCUAGAGGCGCAGGGGUUCUAGGAACGAGCCUGUCACAAAAGUUGAUCACUGAAGCGUUGGAAAGGGGUUUGCUCUCGGAUUUCGGGAAAGAACAAAUUUUGGGAGGUUUGCGUGCCUUAGCCUUGCAUUCCACGCGUGAACUGCGUGAUACGGAUGGAAACAAGGGACUCUUCUCUGGUGGUCCAGAAGUCGAGCUUUUCCGAGAAUUCGCCUUUGGUCCUACCCUACGGAGUCUUUUGACUAAGGAUAGCGCGUUGGUGGUGCAGACUCUUGGCCAUGUCGUGUCGAAUGCCAGUGUGGCGACAAACGAGAAGCUUUCUUUUUUGCGGUCUCCGUUUGUGAGUCGAAGUAUUCUCACGUGGUUAACUCAAGCUGAAAAUUGUAUCGGAGGUUCUGAGAGAAAUUCGUCUUUGUCGGCCAACGACGCGACGAGAUUGUUGUGGAGUCUGGCUGAGAUCAUGAGUUGUCCCACAGAUACAUCAGAUCGAGGGGGCUGUCCUAUGAAAGACGCUGCAUAUUCCAGACACCAUGAUGAAAUAGUGAAAUAUGAUUUUUCUGGUGGAGCUGUUUCCAAAUCUCUG